ACGAAGCUGAUUUAUAUGACGACUGGCGUCCUCCUGCAGAAAGUAGUUGGAGCCAAAAGUCUUUUGGAGUUCACCCAUAUCUUCAUAGAUGAAAUACAUGAGCGUACAGAAGAUAUGGAUCUUUUGCUGCUGGUGAUCCGUAAACUGCUGCGAACAAAUUCACGAUUUGUGAAGAUAAUUCUGAUGUCUGCAACUAUUGACUGUAAAGAGUUUGCCAACUAUUUUGCACUACCAGUUCGCAACAAGUUGUAUCCAGCCUAUGUAUUUCAAGUGGAAGGAAAACCUCAUGCGAUUGACGAAUAUUAUCUGGAUGAUCUGAAGCCUGUCCUUAGUCACAUUAAGAUUCCUCUUCAAAUUAAUGAGGACCCACUGAUACACCCAGAUAUGUACAAAGCUGCAGUUGCUCUAAUACAGUGGUUUGAUGAGCUGGAGACAAAGGAAAAUGGGAAUGAGCUCUUUUCUGGCAUGCUGUUUGUGUCAGACCGUGGCAGUGUGCUAGUAUUUUUACCAGGUUUGGCGGAAAUAACUUAUUUGCUUGAGCUUCUCACAAACAUGGUUCACAGGAGGUUACAAGUAUAUCCACUCCACUCCAGUGUCACAUUAGAAGAACAGAAUAAUGUGUUUUUGGCGCCAGUUCCUGGUUAUCGAAAAAUCCUUCUGUCUACAAACAUAGCACAGAGCUCUGUAACAGUACCAGAUGUCAAAUAUGUCAUUGAUUUUUGUUUGAGUAGAAAUCUCGUUUGUGAUGAAAAUACCAACUAUCAGAGUUUGAGACUUUGUUGGGCAUCCAAGAACAGCUGUGAUCAGAGGAUGGGUCGAGCUGGCCGUGUGUCCAAAGGAUACUGCUACAGACUAGUAUACAAAGACUUCUGGGCAAACUAUAUACCGGAAAGCACUGUUCCUGAGAUGGUGCGUUGCCCAUUGGAAACUACUGUACUGAAAGUGAAGAUGCUUGACAUGGGAGAACCGAGAGCUCUGUUAGCAACCGCUCUCUCGCCUCCUGUUAGCAGUGAUAUUGAACGCACAAUUCUGCACCUUAAAGAGGUGGGGGCACUUGCUAUUAACGAUCAUUUUGAAGAAAGAAAUCCUUACGAUGGUGAGUUGACCUUUCUGGGAAAAGUGCUGGCACAGUUACCUGUGAAUCAUCACCUAGGCAAACUAAUAGUUCUUGGACAUGUCUUUGGAUGCCUGGAAGAAACACUUAUAAUAGCUGCAGCCCUCUCUUUGAACAGUUUCUUUAUAAUACCUUUCAAGCAACAUCUUGAUGGAUAUAGGAACAAGCUACAAUUUUCUGGGAACAGCAGUAGUGAUUGUAUUGCGAUUAUUAAUGCAUUUAAGGAAUGGCAAGAAAACAGGCAAAAAGGAAAGCUUAGGCAUCCAAAGAAUGAAGUGGACUGGGGCCGUUCCAACUACAUUCACAUCAAGAGAAUGAGAGAGGUGGCUGAGUUGUAUGAGGAGUUGAAAAAAAGAAUUAGCAUAUUCAAUAUGCAUGUCAACACUCAUUCUCCCAUCAUGGAUCGAGAGCAUGCAUAUAAGCAGCGUUUUAUUUUGCAGGUGGUGAUUGCUGGAGCUUUCUAUCCAAAUUAUUUUACCUUUGUGCACCAUGAUAAAGAAGUUGCUGUGAGGGAAUUGUCAGGCAGAGAUCCCAAAACAACAGUGAUGUUAAAGAACAUUCCUCCCUAUGGCUUUCUGUAUUAUAAGCAGCUGCAAUCUCUGUUCAGACAGUGUGGUCAAGUCAAAUCCAUUGUUUAUGAUGGAAGCAAAGCCUUUGUAGAAUUUACUCGGAAUCCUACAGAACGUUUUAAAACACUUCCUGCCGUGUAUUUUGCUCUUAAAAUGGCACAAAUGAGGAUUCCAUUUGAACUGAACACCCAUUCCUCAGAGGAGAUAGAGGACAAAUUGGGAAGUAUAAGUAGCAGCAUUCUAAGGGACACGAGAGUGAACAUUGACUUUCAGAAACAUACUGUGACUCCCGUGCAGAAGUUUUGUAAUACCUUGGAUAAACUGCAGACUAUAAAUAGUCUUGAUUUAUCUAUUUGUGUCACUGAGAUUGUAGAGGUUGGGCACUUCUGUGGAUACAGAACAGAUGAAAGAAGUAUGGCUGCAUUACAAAAACUGUCCGCUGAGAUUCGCCAGCUGGAGUUGACCUCUUUGCCUAUUCGCCCUUAUCCAGACUUGGUUUGUUUGGCACCUUUUACUGAAUGGGAAAAAGAGAGAUACUACCGUGUCCAAAUCCUGUAUGUGUCUGGAGACAGUGCCGAGGUGUUCUAUGUGGAUUAUGGCAAUAGAUCAAAAGUGGCUUUAAACCAGUUGCGAGAGAUUCCAAGCAACCUCCGAGAGAUUCCCUUUCAGGCUCUGGAAUUCAAGGUGCGCAGAAUACGUCCUUCUGCAUGGUCUCUUGUUUGUGGAGAACAGUGGAGUUAUGCUGCAAACCAAAGAUUUGCUUCCUUGGUCAGCGACCAUGUUCUGAUGGUGAAGAUUUUCUCAAUUGUACAUGGCAUCUUACAUGUGGAUGUGUUUCAGUGCUCUGGCAUUGCGAAAGUGGUGAAUAUCUGUACCAUACUUAUUGAAGAAGGCUAUGCAGAACCUGCAGAUGACUCUUAUGAAUCAAAAAUAAACAUUCUGAGGACAUAUAUUAACAAAUUAGCCUCUGAUGAACCAAACGGCCUGCUGCAUUUUGGUCCUGAGAAAAUUGCCCAAUUGCAGAAUACAGCUCGCGAAAAGCUUUUAAGCUUAAUUUGCAAAUCGAAACCCCGUGAAGCUGUUCCUCCCACAUGGUAUAAGAAGUCAUACGAAUGGACCCAGCUGAGAUCAUCACUUGUUAUUGAUCCAUCUGAUCAGCCAGCUGUAAGCAGGAGAAAUUCCUCUCUAUACCAGUUGCAUAAGUUGGUGUUGUUAUAUGCUUAAAUUCAUGCUGGAAGACCUUGUGUUGUUAAUGCCUUUAUUUGGCCUUUUUUUUCAGAAAAAAAAGUUUAUUUAAGAUUUAAUAAGUUACCUGUUCUCACAAAAAAACCUUUAUGAAAGAAGUUAAUU